AUGAUGGAAGUCCAGGGACCGUUCGCCACCAGCCUCCUGCGGGCGCCUCCGCGGACGUUUCCCAGCUCUGGCCAAGUCCGUGCACCUGAGCGCCCCAGAAGGAGCCCCCGGGCCUUAGCCUUGGGGCUCCUGGCUGCCUACAGACACCGGGGCCGGCGCUGCGCGCGCACUGCUCUGGAGCCCGACGAGGAUGGCGGGAGCGAGGCGAGUGCCCCCAGUUCAGCCUGCAUCACACCCAUCGGACCCUUCUGUCCGUACCGAUCUUCCGCGUGCGCCUGGGACAGUGAGCUUAGCAAAGGCAUGAGCGACCUCACCAAGGACUCGCCAGAGUUCGCAGUGGAGAUGGGAAGGAUGCAGCUCGACGUGCAGAUGGGCCGCGAGCCGGAUGCCCAGCGAAUGGGCCAACUGGCCGACAAGCUGGAGCAGUCCUACGAGAAGUGGAACGGCCUGAUGGCAAGGCUUCGCCUCAGUAGCGACUUCCAAAGCCGCGAGUACUUCAAGCUCACCAUGAGCCACCUGGAUGGCCGCAGCAUGGAAGAUCUGGGGAAGAUGGUGAAGUAUCAGAUCGACUGCAUGCGGGCUGUUGCUACUGGCGGCCUCAUCCCACCAAUGCCAGCGGGUGUGGACAUGACACCACCCAAGGAAGGUUUGCCCUCAGCGGCCGCCGCCCCCCCGAGCAUGACGGCAGAGCCCUUUGACAGCUCGGCCUUCACAAACGACGUGGUCAAGGAGGAGUAUGCGGCACUAUGUCGGGACCACCGGCAGGUGAUAAACAUGGGCGAGUCCUAUGGCAACUUCGACCCGCUUGGGAAGAUUGCUUUCCUAGACCAGCUGGAGAAGAUCGAGGAGCGCUGGGACAUCUUCUUCGGGCGCUUGGGCCUCCUCGGGGCCCUGAGUCCGGAGUACAAGGAGCAGAGCGAAGAGUUCCUGAGUUCCAUGGGCCUUUCCGGCUCCCAGCUUCGCUGGCUGCACAAGGAAGGCCUUGGCUUCAGGGUGCAGGUUCAGGGAUGA